AUGGGCCGACAAUUCUACCAAAAUAUUCACUGGAACACAAUGAUGUUUAAACUGACAAUAGUCGGUCUAAUACUUUUCAAUGUUCUAAAUCUCACUACCACCGUUUUCUUAAUAAAUGACAUUAUCAAACAACCACGAUACAUUAUUUGGGUGGUGAAAAUGAUUGCUGGUGCAUUGACAACAAUGUUGGCGUUUGCGUACACUUUUAGCCCGGUGAUAAUUUUACAUUGGAACCCGAAAACUCCGAAACUACAAAAAACAGGACAUAUUAAUUCGUUGGAUGCGGCUUCGGCUACUUGGUACCUUGUAUCGUUGACCUGUCUGUCAGUUCUAUAUUUGAUAUUAUAUAUUAUGUGCCUGUUUAACGAACGUACUCAACAGUAUUUGCCAUUAACGACGGCAAUCGAUUCAAUUCUACGGAGUAUAAUCACAUUUGUUCUUGGCUCGCCGCCACCGAAACGUUUUAUCGAUGCUACAAGAGCCUUCGUUAUAAAUCGACGGCCGUUGAAUGGCGCAAUUCGUGAUCGUGGUGUUCUGAGCACUGGAAUGAUGGGAGGAGACCUUUAUACGGAUAACACAUAG